AUGGACAAUUUCUUCGCUGCCAUAUCAUUAUUCCGUCGACGGAAAUAUGAUGAGUGCAUCGAGGUGUGCAACGUCCUGCUGCAGCAAAAUGCCCUUCAUCAAGGUCCUUGGGAGCUGAAAAUGAGAUCUAUGACCCAGCGAGUGUACAUCGACGAUAUCGAGGCGGACGACGACGUGGCUGAGGAUAUUUUGGACACGCAGACGAUCGCCACCGCACCCCGUCCGGGCACCUCGAUCCGCACGGCCGUGGCCAAACCGGCAACGUCGGCCAACACUACCACCACCACCACCACCGGUGCCAGUCGUCCUCGGACCGGAACCGGCCGACCAAUUACGGGCAUUUCUCGCCCGGGUACGCUCUCCCUGCAGCGGCCCGGCUCGACGCUCGGCAACAAAACCGCCCUGAAGACGGCCUCCCGAACGGCGGCCGGUGGGACGGCGGGUGGCGGUGGGUCAGCGCGCAACAUUCGCCUCGGGUCGGCCUCGAUGUUUGCCGCCGGCGAUCCCACCGGGCCGCUGUUCCACAUCUCCCGCCUGCACCCGGACAAGUACGCCGAGCGGGACGCACUCUCCAAGCCGUUGUUCCAGUAUCUCUACUACCACGAGGGGGACGUGCGGAAGGCGAUGGCGCUGUGCGACGCCGUGUUGGUCCGACGCCGGAACAGCGCCACCGGGACAUCCGCCGACGGGUGGUGGUGGAACGCGCAGAAGGCGCGCUGUCUGAUCGCGGUCGGCAGUCCACGCGAAGCCGAGCCAUUCCUGCGGACGGCCCUGCAGGAGCUGCAGCAUCCGGAUGUGGUUCUGCUACUGGCGCGCAUCUACAUUAAGAUCGAUCAGCCGACGGCGGCACUGGAGGUGUGCAAGCAGGGGCUGGAGCGGCUGCCGAACGAGAUCAGCCUGCUGACGCAGCAGGCACGCAUCCUGGAGCUGGUCGGCAACCUGCCCGUGUCCGUGCGCCGCUACCGGCAGAUAUCUGCGCUCGAUCCGAUGAACACCGAGGCGCUGGCGUGCAUCGCCGUCAGCUACUUCUACGCCAACCAGCCCGAGACGGCGCUGCUCUACUACAGGCGCAUCCUGGCGAUGGGGGCGCACAGUCCCGAGCUGUACUGCAACAUCGGCCUGUGCUGCCUCUACGGUGGGCAGCUCGAUCUGGUGUUUCCCUGCUUUCAGCGGGCCCUAAGGAUGGCCACGGUCAACGAACUGCGGGCCGAUGUUUACUACAAUCUAAGCUUUGUGGCGCUGACAACCGGUGACAUCCACCUGGCGCGACGCUGUCUUCGCCUGUGCAUUGCGGCCAACGGGUCGCACGCGUCCGCACUAAACAACAUGGCGGUGCUGGUCGCGCGCCAAAAGCAGUACCAGAAGGCCAAGUCCUACCUGCAGGCCGCGCGUACCGCGCUCCCCACCAGCGACGAGAUCGGACACAAUCUGAAGUUUAUCGAAAAUUUCCAAUAA